GUACAAGCACUGGGGGUAGCGAUACGCAACACUGGCUGUUCAUAUUUGAAUUUUAUUUUUAGCUUUAAAAAAUGCGACCGAAAUUGUGAAUAUCUAACUACAAACAACCGCAGAUAGCUUUGAGAAUUUAUGAAUUAUUGUUUUAUAUUUUAAAUUUUGUUUUAGAAUUAACCUAUUGCAUUAAUUAUUUAAAGUGUCAUUAACAAAUGCCUUCCAAUGAACAGCAAAUUGUACAACUCAUUGUUUUAAUUAUCCUUGAAUAUUACUGUAGGCACAUUUUGUACACGAUAAUCUUAACUCAAAGGCAAACUUUAUUUGUUGGUUUAAGACCUUGAGAUGGAGUUGAAAACUCCCGAAAAAGGAGGUUGGUGGAUUGUUCUGUCGAAGUACUGUUCUCAGAGUAAAGAAUGAAGCUUCACAAAUUAGUUUGUCUCAUGAAAUUUUAAAUGACGCUGUGCUCAGGACAAAUAAUUGGUCAUUCAAUUCACUGAAUCCAGUUUGUUGGAAAACUGCCAUUCGAUUGUGUGUGGUCUCCAGAGACUCAAUGACUUGAAAAAGCUACUGCAGGAUGUCAGCUCAUCUUUAGUAAUCUGAUACUGAGGCAUAUCAGUGACAUGUGCGUGCCAAGAGAGGCCUGUGAAUCAUUCAUGAGCAGGAAGGCCACGGGCACGACACACUUUGAGUUGCCAUAACAGGCGCAAGCAGAGGUAUGGGCACUGUUGAGGAAACUUUAAAGUGUCCCGUCUGCCGGGAGUUCUUCACAGAUCCUGUGACACUGCAAUGUGGACAUGACUUCUGUCUCACCUGUAUCCAGGCUGUGUGGGAAACAGAUGGGUCUAAUGAUGGUCCUUUCUUCUGUCCAGAGUGUCAGGUAUUUCUCCCCUCUGACCUCUCUCUGGAGAUAAACACCAGCCUUCAGGACAAAGUAAAGGAUUUCAGUACUAACAAGCCAUCGACAGGAGAGCUACGGACAACACCAAGCAGGGAAACCAAAUCAUCUUCAACUAUCCACUGUGAUCAGUGCAUAGAGACGCCAUCGGUGGCCAUAAGGACCUGUCUGACCUGUGAUGCCUCACUGUGCCAGGCUCACAUCCUGUUGCACCAGCAGAGGUCUGCUCUUAGGGAGCACACAGUUGUGGAGCUGACAGGGGAUCCACUGUCUCUGAAGUGCAGGGAGCACCAUGAUGAGCUCAAGCUUUUCUGUAUGGAAGAAAGGGUCUCUGUGUGCUGUUUGUGUGUCCUGGUCGGUAUGCACAAAAACCACAAAGUGUCUCAACUCCAAGAAACCUGCACAGACUUUAAGAGCAUGCUAGAGAACACUAUGACCCAGCUGCUGAAGAGAAGAGGUGAAGCAGAACAUGCCAUCAAAGACUUGGAGUCACUGUACACACAAAUAGUGAAGUCUGCUGCAGAUUACAGAGAGAGAGUGUCAGACAAAUACAACAGGAUUCGUGUUGUUCUGGAUGGUGACGAGCGUUUGAUGAUGCAGAUUAUAGAUGCAGAAGAGGCACAUACGACAGAGUGGCUUGAGGCCCAGAGGGGCGCAAUGGAGGCUCAGAUUAAAGAGAUAGACAACCUCAGAGCAUCCAGCAAAUCACUCCUUGAGGAGACAAAUGAUCUGCGAUUCCUACAGCAAAUCACAGCACGGAAUCUUUGUGACCCUCCGGAUUUAGCCCCAAUCCAGGAAAUAGACAGAGAUCUGUGUGACCUUGAGAAGCUGAGAACAGUAGAGGGGCUGGUGGAUGACCUCUCAAUGGCUCUGUCCCAACACUUUCCACGAAUGUGGUCAUACCUAAGUUCUCCUUCUCUGGACUCAAACACAGCCCAUCCAAAAUUGGAAAUAUCCCAGGACAGGAAACAAGUUCACUGGAGACGGCAGCCUGCCAGUGAGUCUCUGAGCACUCAGCCAUAUGACUCCCAGUAUUGUGUACUGGCUCAGGAGAGUUUUACAACUGGCCAGCACUACUGGGAGGUCAUUGUCCAGGAGAAACCUUAUUGGUUAAUAGGUGUGAGCACUGGGCGUGUCGAUAAAAAAGAUGGUACAAGUCAGAAUUCCCCCAGUCUGGGUGUGACUGACUUGAGCAAGACUUCUUGGUGCAUCUACCAUGGAGAUGGACGGUACUUGGCCUGUCAUGAUACCCAGGAGAAGCAGCUUACAGUGGGGAAGAGAAUUAGGAAAGUGGGAGUACUGGCAAAUAUCCAGAAGGGGGAGCUUUCAUUCUACAAUGCUGAUUCUAUGGCCCUGCUUCACUCUUUCUGUGUGCAGUGGACAGAGCCUCUUUACCCCAUGUUAAACCCAUGCAUAGAUGUGAAUGGACUGAACAGGCAGCCUCUGACCUUGCUUUGGAUUAAGGAGUCGUGGGAUUGGCAGGUAUGAGGUAAUGAGGGCAAAGAAUGAACUUGGACUGGAUCCUUAAAUGACAUGAAUGAAAAUUCACUGAUCAAAUUCAGCCUUUUAAUUUUCAUGUUUAUUCCAAUUUUGCAUGCUUUUAAAGAUAUAUGGCUGUCACACAGCCAUAUAUCAAACUAAAUCAAUGCUCAAAGAAUUGACAUACAUCUUUAUUUAUGAGAAGCUAGAGCUAAGAUGAUGAACAUGCAUUUCUCAUUAACAAUAACAAUGGGAGGGAAAGCAAGGUUUACUCUAUUAUGAUGUUUAGAUGUCAUAUUAUUGUGAUUGUAUAGUGCUGAAGUUUUGCACUGUUAAGGAAAAAACAUAAAUCAGAAUAGAUUUUUCAACCUUUUACUCUAGGCUAUGGUGGUUGUAUCUGUAUUACUGUUCUAUUGUUUGCAGUUGUCACUUACAUUGGAUUCAAACAGCACGUUUGUUCUGUGGUAAAGUCUUUUUGUUCAGUCAGCUGCUUAGCAGCUCUCAUGUUUGACUUGAUUUAAUUCAGGAAAUAAAUGACCCAUGUGUAAACUACUGGCUUGCUCUAUGUGCAACUGUCCCUUUGGUCAGACCAUGGAGAACAUGCGCGUAUCCAUUCUCACUUGUCAGUGGUACUACAUACUUGUUGCCGUGCAGCAAACAAACAAACCCACGGAAGCCAAAUAACAUGGCAGAACAGAA